CGUCGUGUUUGUGUUUAAUAGACCCGUUUGUUGGUUUUCGGCCUGUUUAGGAUCAGAAAUGGAUUCAGGGGAUUCGAAAAGUCAAGAUCACGUCCAACUGAGACGAUCUAAAAGACGGAAAGCAGUGAAAGAUGUGAGUUAUGAAGCGACCCCUAGAGGUCCUAUCAGACGAACCAAAAGGAAGCUUGAAGAACGUUCCUCCACCCAAGUGAUCAACGGUGACGGAGUUUUGGAAAACGGUUUGGAAGACGAUGAGUCUCCGAGUAAACAGUCGCGACGAGACGCUGGAGUAGCAGGUGGAGACAAAGUCAAAGAUAUUGAGAUGGACAAACAGGAGUCGGAUGAAGAAAUGGAAACGACGGAGGACCAGGAAAUAAAAACGGUUAAAGAUUCCAAACAGAUCAAAGAGCUAAAAGUUCCUCAAACAACUAAAGGCAUCAGUGAUGAAAAGAUUUUGUCUCCGUACGUAGAGCUCGGUCAGCGCUGCAGACAAAGUCACUCUCUUCAAAAAAAUUCCAUCUCUGUGAACUUGAAGGAGACAUUCAGCAAAACAAGACACCAAACAGCUGCCCCUCCCACUACAGCCCCCUCACAGGUCACCACAUCAGGAAUCCGAUUGGCCACGAGGCUCCCCAGCACAGACGAUUACCAGAGAGAGUUGGCGGCCAAAGCCAGGAGCUUUGGUGCUCCCAGAGUUGACCGCAUGGUCCUAAAGCCCGAGGUUUCUCUGACGACGAGGCUCCACAUGAGAAACAUUCCACCACAGGCAGGAAAGACUCUUCCUCCAAACAAAGAGAAGAAGAAUCCGCGUGUCGUCAAGGAAAGCUUCGGAAAUUCCCGUCCAGGAUUUUCCUGGUAUUUGUGGCGCCUGAUUUUCCUGGUGCUGCUCAGUUCUGCCACCCUGCUGGCAUACAAGAUCCUUCCCGCUCUCCAGCGCACAGCGGGUGGAGGAGAGGCUCCGUCCAGAGCCCAGAGGUUAGGAACGUUCUCCGAUCAGCUCUCUCGUCUCCAGGCCGAGUUUCCCAGCCAGCGACCUGAUCUGUGGAAGCGGAGUAAGGUCCACUUGGAGAAGCACCUGAAAACGGGCCAGCCCUCGGAGCCGGUCAGCAUGAUCCUGGCCGCCGGCGCCGACGCAGAGAGGACGCUGCUCUGCCUGGCUCGAGGCUUCGCCGCCUCCUUCUCGUCCGCGCUCAACGCCUCCUUCCUCCUGAUGGACGGAGCGAGGAAGGCGGGUCAGGACAGCGAUGCGGUGAAGCUGGACAUCGACAACCAGCUGCGAGCGGCGUUCGAGGGAGACCAACCGGCGGCGGUCAUCCACCACUUUGAGGCGCUGCCUCCAGGAUCCACCAUCAUUUUCUAUCGCUACUGCGACCACGAGAACGCCGCCUACAAGCGCGUGUUCCUGCUGUUCACCGUCCUCCUGCCUCGCCGUGAGCUCAGCCCCGAGCUGAGCCUGAAGGAGGUGGAGGAGGCGGUGCAAACCUUCGUUCAGGACAAGCUGGUGGGCUCUGGAGGCCAAACGGCCUUCGACAAAAUGGACAUCGACAAGUUCGGAGGGCUGUGGAGUCGCAUCUCCCACCUGGUGCUGCCGGUGGCGUCCGAGGCGGCGUCCGAGGCGGCGUCCGAGCAGCACGGAUGCCCGUCAAACGAAACCACUUAACAGUUGAGUUUUCAGGUUACUUCACAGAAAAUGUUUAAAGUUACAUUCAGAAAAAUGGGGUUUAUUUUGAUGUGGUAAACAGUUUACAGGAAGGACUUUAAGGUUGUUUAUUCUUUUAUUGUGAAAGGGACUCACCUGUUUUUAAUGCUUUACCACUGGACCAUGCUGUUUUAUAUUUGUGUUGAAGUUCUGACCACAGAGACGUCUCCUCCCUUAAUUUGAGUUUAUUUUUGAUAUGAGGUUCCAUCGUUGUUUUUUUUCCGAUUCCUCCUCCUGUAUAUUUGUAAAGUGGUUGGAACAUAUUUUAAUGCUUUCUGUAAAGACCGACACAAAAACGUCGGAUGUUUGAAUCAGAAGUUAGAGAAGCACUUGAAUGAAAACCUGCAGCUCUUUAUGAAUGAAGUGGGUUCAAUCUGGAAGUAAAUCUUGACUGAAUGUCCCGAAGUGUGCCUUUAAACUUAAACCGUUUUAAACCAAAAUACUAUCAGCUGUUCUUAAUCGGCAAUUUCAUAAAUCAGACGUUAUUUCUUUAUGAAAAAGUUUAUUUCUCACUUAUGAUGAUUGAUAGUUUUCUGUCUUUUACUAUAAUCUGAGUUUUGAAAAAUAAAAUCUUAUAUUUUGAAUAAAAUAACUCAUACUUGA